AUGUCAAGGCUGUGGGACCGACCCGGCCGUUCCUUAUUGGGACCUGGCGCCGUGUUAACGCAAGCAUCUGAAUCCUUGGCCAGGCCGCUGCAUCGACGACAGCAGUUAUUCGACGCUGCUUCAAGCAGGCUCAAGCUCAAGCCUGUGGACGAUGGCAACAAAGGCGAUAACAGGGUAACAGGUCGAGUCGAGGUGGCCUACGACACGGCUAUUGAUUUUGGAGGGGCAUUCACUGCCAGAGGAAAGCGCGACAGUACGGUCAUGGACUUCACGGACUUCGCACAAGCCGUAAUUUCAGGCUUCGCCAACGUUGCCGUCCGGAAUCCCGGCUUGAUCUCGGCCGUUUCUUCACAGAUUCCAUGA